GCAGAGGAAUCAAAUAAAUCACGAAAACGUCAACAAUAUCUAUCAAUAUCAACGCAAAUAAAGACCUUGUACAAACAUAAUAAUAAAUAAUUAAUUUCGAACGGAACCAUUAAACCUUGGAUGAAUUUUAAUAUAUUCAGUAUUCAGUGCGCGUUUCCCCCGGGAACAUAAAACAUCCAAAGCUCAAGUGACAUACAAGUUGACAUUGCAGUUAUCUCUAUAUUUUUGGGGUCAAAAUUGUUACAUUUUAAUAACAAAAACAGUGCGUUAGAAACAAUUAAGAUCAUAUUUCGUGGUCGGUUGAUCAUGACAAUAAUCGACGGCAUUGGCGACGAAGUAACAUACUUCUUCAUUUCUGUCGUCGUUAUAAUUAUCGCGACGAUUGCAUGGAUUACCACUGAUAUCCAACAGAAUUUGUAUGUUCGAACUGUGUAUCUCCUGGAGCAUUCAAGGCACCAUACUAGAGUAACCACACUAACAAAUCAUACUGAAUCAGCCACCAUCUCAGAAGGAGUGGAAUUUGAUAGUGCUGAGAGUGCAGAGACUGAAGUUGUAGUUGAGGCAGAAGAUGAGAUGGAUGAUGAAGAUGAUCAUAGUGAAGAUCCAGUGAUUGAGGAAAUAAUUGAAACAAUGGAUGCAACAGAUGAAACUGAUGCUAGUGAUGCCAACGUUUUAAGGCAGAGGCGCUUACAGAGGUUUCAAAAUACAGCAACUGAAACAGAUUCACCAUCAGAAACAAGCAUAACAACAGAAGAAAUAUUAUCUGAUAGAAUAAUACCGGAAGUUACAAACAUUGAAGAACCUACAAAUGAAACUACUACAAAUGGAACAGGAACACCAAUAACCAUAAAGUUAAAAUUCAUUGACGACAAUAUGAGAAUUGUCGACGCACGCUUGCAUGAUUUACUCGGGGACUUCAAAAGACGACAUUUUGACGUCGAGCUAGCGUCGAAUAAACUCGUUCGAUUGAUUUUCAACGGCCAAGUGUUAAAGCACGACCAGCAAACGCUGCAGAGCUACGGCAUGUUUGAUAAUUGUGUCGUGCAUUGUUUGGUACAUCAGCCACGAUCGCCUUUGAUAGGAGAGAAUCCCACCCCAUCCGAGACCAAUAGUAUUUCAAUCGGGAAUAACAGCACACAGGCUCAUCGAGACUGGGAUUUGGGUAAUUUACUCAUCGCCACCUUGAGUUUCACACUUAUUUCAGCAUGGUACUUCAGGUUUCAAUAUCCACAGUUAUUCACGAUCUGGACGACGAUUGGUUUAAUAGGUUUGACCAGCGGUUUCGGUGUGAUAGCAUUGGUGAGAUACUUUCCGGACGUGUUAACACGUGAUCAGGUCAUUGUGGUACAGUAGCUCUCACCAUGAUGUUGUUAUUAUUUAUUUCUCCUUACGUUAAUGCUAUUGAUAAUGAUUUAUGAGUGACAAAUACAAUUUGAUUUUGUUUUUCAAAGAAAA